AUGGCGGAUCACUGGCUCGCAUUUCCAGAAUCGAUGGACCACUAUAGGAAGGUUAUAAAAUAUCUUCAAAGGUAUGUCAGCAUGACGUUGGAAGACUUUACUACGGUAACAAUUUCUGGCAUACCACUUUUACGUCCUGAAGCAGUGACAUGUGACGAACAACUAAAGCUAAUAAUGAAAUUAAGGAUUCGUAAUUUCGAUGGAGGGAGAGAUAUUGUGUUGCUCACACGUUCAGACAAUCACUAUUUGAUAGGGCUUCAGAGGGAAAGAGAUCCAUCUAGAGAUGGUGAGCAGGAGCCCUUGGAACUAUGA